AUGGCGGUGAGCAGCAAGCCGCUGCCAGCGAAAGAGAGCGCGCUCUUCCGCUCGAUCGUGAAACACUACGAGCUCAAGCAAUACAAAAAAGGACUGAAAGCAGCCGAUGCGAUCUUGAAAAAGUAUCCAGACCAUGGCGAGACGUUGGCCAUGAAGGGGCUCACGCUCAACUGCAUGGGCCGCAAAGACGACGCCUAUGACUUUGUCAAGAACGGGCUCCGCCACGACCUGCGCAGUCACGUCUGCUGGCACGUCUUUGGGCUGCUCUAUCGCUCGGAUCGGAAUUAUCCCGAAGCGAUCAAGUGCUAUCGCAAUGCGAUCCGGAUCGAUCCCGAGAACUUGCAGAUUCUACGGGACUUGUACCUGCUGCAGGUGCAAAUGCGGGACCUCAAGGGCUUUGCCGAGACGCGCCGUACGCUCCUGACGCUGAAACCGAACAACCGGAACAAUUGGAUUGGCUUUGCGAUUGCUCAUCACUUGGUGGGCAAUUACCAGAUGGCGAUUGACAUUAUCGACAAGUACUUUAGUACGAUGGACAGCGCCAGUGUCGCCAACUAUGAAGACAGCGAAAUCCACUUGUACCAGAACCAGCUGCUGGAAGAAGCAGGAGAGAUUGACAAGGCACUGGCCAAUUUGCAGGCGAACCAGCGUCAAAUCACCGACACGUUGGCGUGGCGUCAGAAAAAAGGGCAGCUUCUGCUGCAGCUUGAGCGGUACGACGAGGCGCGGGGCGUGUUUGAAGAGUUGUUGGCUAUCAAUUUCGACAACUACGAGUUCCAACGCGGACUGCAGUGUGCGAUCUUAAAGCGCAGAGAUUUGUACGCUGCAACGUCUGCAGACCGCAAAAAGGUGUUUCUGCCGUCUGAAGUGAUUGACUUUUCCAAGGAAGAGGACGGUCUGGAGCUCGAGAAGGCCCUCUCUGACUUCUACGCGGAGAAGAAAUCGACGAUUGGUGCAAACUCGAUGAUUCCGUUACGCUUUCCUAUGGAUUUCACGCGCGGCAAAGACUUUGAACAGUACGCAGACGUGUAUCUCAAAAGGCAGCUGAACAAGAAUGUGCCGUCUCUCGGUUCCAAUCUGAAACCGCUGUACGCGGACAAAGGCAAGGUCAAGAUACUGGAGGAGCUCAUUCACGGCUACAUAAAGACCUUGGAAGCCAAGAAACCAUUGGAUAUGGGCGACAAUUCGAUGGCAGCUAACGCGACCGAACGAGUGUUGCUGUGGACGAACUAUCUCGCCGCGCAGCACUAUGACCGCUUAGGCAACCAUGCCAAGGCAAUGGAGCAUAUUGAGAAGUGCAUCGAGCAGGAGCCAACGCUGCUGGACUUCUUUCAACGCAAGGCGCGCAUCUUGAAGCACAUGGGUGAUUUGAAUAAGGCCGCCGACGUAAUGGUAGAAGGACGCAAGUUGGAUUUGGCAGAUCGUUACAUAAAUAACAAGGCCACCGAGUACCUGCUACAUGCCGAUCGCGUAGAGGAGGCAGAUGCCACCAUAGCUCUGUUUACUCGACACGAGGGCGAUCCGCAGCAAAACCUGUUUGACAUGCAAUGCAUGUGGUACGAGAUCGAGUGUGGCAAGAGCCAUCUUCGCCAGGAGGAGUACGGGCUUGCGCUGAAGCGCUUCUUUGCUGUUGAGAAGCACUUCAAUGACUUUGUGGAAGACCAAUUCGAUUUCCACACGUACUGCAUCCGCAAGAUGACGCUGCGUUCGUACAUGCAGUUGUUGCGUCUCUGCGACGAGAUAUACGGCCGCCCGUUCUUCGUGGAGGCUGCCCACGGCGCCAUCGCUUGCUACGUGGCUUUGGCAGACAUGGAAGUGGUGAAGGCGCGGAAUGAAGCAGAAGCUGCUGCAGCUAGUGCUAACAUGUCUACUGGUGACAAGAAGAAGGCGAAACGCGCUCUUGCCAAAGCACGCAAGGCCGAGUUCAAGAAGAAAGCGGAGGAAGAGCUGAAUGCAAAGCUGCACAAAGAAAUCGAGGAGAAAGAGCGGGAGGCCACCAAGACCAAUAAGGCAAAGGCGAAUUCCGGCUCAUUGCGUCUGAAGGACGACGACCCACUCGGUGAGAAGCUCACGCAGCGGCCUGCUCUUGAAGAGGCGUGGCGCUUCGUUGCGAUUCUCCAGCGGUACGCCGCAGCGGACGUGAAGACGCACCUGGUUGCAUUCGACAUUGCUCUCCGAAAGAAGAAAUUUCUAUUGUGUUUGCAGGCUCUGUUGAAGGCGCAGGCGCUGCUGGACGUGUCAGCGAAGGCCAAAGAGGAAUGGAGUGCUCGCCACGCGUUGUUCCUCGAGGGAGUGCACGAGGUGACAAACCCCGUUGUGCUGAAGGUGAUCAACGAGAAGAAGGCAGAGCUCAAGAACUAG